AAGGCGCAGGAUGUCGGCGACGCUGUACCUGCUCUCCACGCUGGGCGGAUACGUCCUCACCUCGGCGCUUCUCCUCAAGUGUCCGGGGCUUCUCCACCGGCCCAAGCGGCAGCGCUUCCGCUGCCGGCACAUCUCCCACCGCGGCGGUGCUGGAGAGAACCUGGAAAACACGAUGGCAGCCUUUCACCAUGCCGUUAAUAUAGGAACAGACAUGUUGGAGCUAGAUUGUCACCUGACGAAAGAUGAGCAAGUGGUUGUGUCCCAUGACGAGAACCUGAAGAGAUCAACAGGAGUUGAUGUCAACAUAUCUGACCUCAAAUACUCUGAACUUCCACCAUAUCUCUGCAAGUUGGAUGUCACAUUUCAGAAAGAAUGUCACUGUGAGGGAAAAGAUAACCGUAUUCCGCUCCUGAAAGAGGUGUUCGAGGCAUUUCCACAAACUCCUGUCAACAUUGACAUCAAAGUGAACAACAAUGUGUUGAUCAAAAAGGUUUCAGAGCUGGUGAGUCAGUAUAAGCGAGAGCAUUUGACGGUAUGGGGGAAUGUCAAUUAUGAGGUUGUAUCAAAGUGUCUUAAGGAGAAUGCUGACAUUCCCAUCAUCUUCUGUUUGCAACGUGUCCUCCUGCUUCUUGGCCUUUUCUACACUGGUCUGCUGCCAUUCAUUCCCUUCAAGGAAGAAUUCUUGGAAAUUCCCAUGCCUUCAAUCAUUCUCAAGCUGAAAGAACCACAGAAGAUGACAAGAAGCCAGAAAUUUAUUAUCUGGCUAGCUGACACAUUGCUAAUGCGGAAAGCACUUUUUGACCACCUCACUGCUCGGGGCAUUCAGGUGUAUAUUUGGGUACUGAAUGAAGAACAAGAAUACAAGAGGGCAUUUGAUCUGGGAGCAACUGGAGUGAUGACAGACUAUCCAACAAAACUUAAGGAGUUUUUACACAAUUAUCCAGCAUAAAGGAAGAAAACCAAGGAAGUUCUUGCAGAACGGAUUGUGAGCCAAGGAUUUUCGUCAUAAAAAAAAUUGAGCAGCAUACACAGAUCAUUUUGUUUGAAAGAUGUAAUUGGAUGAUCUAUUACAUUGUUGUCAAGUUGCUACCUAAUGUAAAGGUUGUCUAUUUAUUUUAAAACUUUAAUUACAUAGUUUACAUUUGUAAAUAACUCAUUUAGGAACAGCGCACUUCACAAGUAGUGAUGACUAGGAAGAAAGAUGCUGGAUAGGAUACCUGUAGAUAAUAAGCAUUAUUUUACCUGUCACAAGUGUUCCUAAGCAGAUGUCAAGACACGUCAGUUAUUCCAGUAAUAUUCUAGUGGGCAGAAACUAAAGAAUUUCUGAAAGCGUACCCUGUGUAUAUGCGUUUCUUGUGUUGCUUUUAGUUUUCAGAUAACUUAUGGGGCAAAAAAGAAGAAAAAUGC